UUAAUGGUGGCAGGCCAAGAGCCAUACAAUUUUGCAUUUACGCGAGGCGUUCAGUUGAGAACUCUAAAUGCAUUGUUCUACCCCCGAGCCUCUAUAAUCUACACUUUAACGUCAAACAAAGUGCAAAAUGAAUAAGCUUUUCCUUUUGAACCAGCGGGUGUUCAUGACAACACCGCCGAGCAUGAUAUCAAUAGCCCGAUGGCGACGGGCUUCCGUGUCUUCAAUAUCUUCUUCUGCUUUGAAUUUGGAAGGUGGGGUUUCCAUGGUGCAGGGAGCUUCCAGAGGAAUUGGCCUUGAAUUUGUUAAGCAGCUGCUGGAGAAGGAUGAGAAAGGGCAUGUUAUUGCUACUUGCCGCAAUCCUGAUGCUGCAACUGGGCUUCUUUAUCUGAAAAACAAAUUUUCUGAACGACUUAGCAUUCAACAGUUGGAUCUAACCCUUGAGAGCACCAUAGAGGCAUCUGCAAACUCCAUUAGAGAAACAUUUGGCUCUUUAAACCUUCUCAUUAAUGCAUCUGGCAUUCUUUCAAUACCUGAUGUACUGCACCCAGAAACAACAUUGAGCAAAGUAGAAAAGUCAUCUUUGCUUCUUGCAUAUGAAGUUAAUGCCGUUGGUCCUAUUCUAGUGAUCAAGCACAUGUGGCCUCUUCUAAAGGUUGGUGGAGGCUCUGGGACUGAAAGGGAUGUUGCAGUUGUGGCCAAUUUAAGCGCUAGGGUGGGAUCCAUUGGGGACAAUCGCCUUGGGGGUUGGCACUCAUACCGAUCUUCAAAGACUGCACUUAAUCAGUUGACGAAAACUGUCUCGGUAGAGUUUGCCCGAAGAAAGGAUCCAAUUAUAUGCAUUUUGUUGCACCCUGGCACAGUGGACACUGAUCUCUCUAGGCCAUUUCAGAGAAAUGUUCCAGAGGGCAAGCUAUUUACCAAAGAGUUCUCAGUUCAGAAGCUCCUAGGCAUUAUCAACAAUGCAAAGAACCACGACAAUGGCAAGUUUUUUGCCUGGGAUGGUCAGGAAAUUCCUUGGUGAUCUGUCAGAUUCAUUUAGAAUACACAAUAUUGACUACUUGAGUUUGAAAUUUCUAGAUCAGAAGUCGAUUCUAUUUUUUGAGUGAAAGGUUAAAUGUUAUUUUCUAGUAAUAAUGCGAAUUAUUGACUAUGCAAUUUCUCCUUUUGUAACCUCAUUGGUUUUUCGGAGACAUUUAUGUUUUCUACUCUGAUGUGAAUUCUGUCAGAAAGUAUAUGGCACUACUUUCCUAUUCC